AUGUUUCCAGCGGAUCGAAAAACUCUGGCAGUUCCUCGAUAUAUUGACGGCAAUGCAAGCACAUCAUCGAGAUCCAAUGUCUCACGUCCACUCCAUGUGUUUGUGGAUUGGAGUAACAUUUACAUCUCAUUCAAAUCAAUUACUGAUCUGAAACGGCCUCCUGAUAUAUCGGCACUUGAUCUUGUGCUGCUAAGAGGUCGAGAAUUUACCAGUAAAACACUAGCAUCCUCCGACCUACCAUCCGAGUUUCAAGCAAAGCUCAAAGACUUGCGUUAUAAAGUGUAUUCUGUUUCCCGACAGCUUCACUCGGAUAAUAUCAAUUCCACAGCCAAACUCAAAGAACACGGAGUCGAUGAGAUACUCUCACAACGAGUCACUGAAGCAGUCAAAAACCACCAGCAAGGAGUCAUUGUUUUAGCCACCGGCGACGGCUCAAUGUCGUCACUCAACCGCGAAGUCGGGUUCAUCGCCAGCAUCGAAACAGCGCUCACUCGCGGCUGGAUUGUCGAGCUCUACUCUUUCUACGAAUCGCUGAGCUCCAACUACCAACACCUUCAACAACAAUACCCCCGCCGAAUGUUCAUAUUUAUUCUCGACAAUGUGCUGGGGGACCUGUGA